CUCGGCUCGGUCCUGAGGAGAAGGACUCAGCCGCGGCUGCGGGACCUGGGCACCGGAGGCAGUGGCGGCGGCGGCGGCGGCGGCGGCAGCGGCGACAGCAGAGGAAGACGAGGAGGAAGAAGGAAGAAAAAGAAGAGCCAGACGGAGUCCGCAACGACGACAGCUGGGACUGCGGGACCGGGGAAAAGCGGCGGCGGCGGCGGCCCAGCAACCGUGAGGAGAAACAAAAGCCUUCUAAAUUAUAGUUUCCAAUCAGUCUAGGGGAAAAGAGAGCGCGAGCCGAGGGGGGAGGCUUUUCUCCUUUAGAGUAACUACGGUAGCGGGGUUUUCCUUUUUGUCCAUCCCCCUUCCCCCUCCCCCCGGCGGAGAAUCGAACUGAGAGAACUGAACAAACCGCCCCUGGGUCCCAUGAGGGAAAAAAAUCCCGGAGCCGCAGAGAGGGGAAGAGGCAGAAACCGCAGGACCUUCCAGGUCGCCCCCUUGCUCCCCGCACCCCCGGGCCGCCAGCUCGCCCUUGUCCAGUCUCGCUAAUCCCUCCUGAUCGCGACACCCCCCAGAGGGAGAAACGGGUGUUUCCAACCCCUUUCAUGGGGGAAAGGAGGCCGAGGGGAGCCCAAGAACAGCAAACGCAGCAAGAUCUGCACCCGGAGCCCAAGGAACAGCCCCAGAGGCCCACACUGCACCCUACAAAAGAACAGAAACAGGACCAGGAACAGCAGAAAUCUCCCUGCAAUCAUCUUUCCUUUAGUCAAGGCUGAUUUCCUCUUUGGCAACCAGAAAUUCACCUCCCGCCCCAGAUAACCUAAUAUAAUCUAUCUAUAUAUAAAUAUAUAAUAUAUAAUGUUCUUAAAUUAUUCCUGAUUUUUUUAACCAAGCUGCCAAGAAAAGAACGUAUUCACCCCUUAAUCCUAUUCUAAUUUUUAUGUGAAUCUAAACUGCUGAGGAAGACCAUAUGUGAUUGUUAAAUUUUAUAUAUAUAUAUUUUUACUCCGCACAAUGCUUAUUCUUCUAUAUCCAUAGAUGCUUGAGAAGCUGUGUUUUUGUCAUUCAUGAACAUUUUCCUUUGGAAAAAGAAAGCGCCUAUUUUACUAACCAAAGACUUGAUUUUUACCUUUUUCCUUUUUUAUUCCCUCCUUGAAAUAAGCCCAAUUGGAUUCAUAUCAAUAUUUUAAAAGGUUUUUUUUUUUUUUUAGGUUCUUUUCCAUUCAGAGAGACCAGAAUUCCAAAUCAGAGAUACGUAGGGUGAUAAGCUGUGAUCUUUGAGUUAGCUAUAAAUAAGAUACUUCAAGCAAACAUAUUUGAGAUACAGGGGAGGAAAGACGUGAGACAUUAGGUUGUCUUUUUUUUAUUGUGAGAUUCUGAUCCUAAAAAUAAUAAAUGGGGGAUUACGGGUUUGGAGUGCUAGUGCAAAGCAAUACUGGGAAUAAAUCUGCUUUUCCAGUUCGAUUCCAUCCACAUCUGCAGCCUCCACACCAUCACCAAAAUGCCACCCCCAACCCUGCUGCUUUUAUAAAUAAUAACACAGCUGCCAAUGGCAGCAGUGCUGGGUCAGCCUGGCUCUUUCCUGCCCCAGCUACUCAUAACAUUCAGGAUGAGAUCUUGGGGUCAGAAAAAGCAAAAAGUCAACAGCAAGAACAACAAGACCCUUUAGAAAAGCAACAGCUCUCCCCUAGUCCAGGUCAGGAAGCUGGAAUACUGCCUGAAACUGAAAAGGCAAAAGCUGAAGAAAAUCCAGGGGACAGUUCUUCAGAAAACAGCAACGGAAAAGAAAAACUACGCAUUGAAUCACCAGUGUUGACAGGGUUUGAUUACCAAGAAGCCACGGGUCUCGGGACUUCCACCCAACCCUUGACAUCCAGUGCAUCGUCCCUUACUGGUUUCAGUAACUGGUCAGCAGCGAUAGCACCUUCUUCCUCCACUAUAAUCAAUGAAGAUGCAAGUUUCUUUCACCAGGGAGGGGUCCCUGGCGCUUCAGCUAAUAAUGGUGCUCUCUUGUUUCAAAAUUUUCCCCAUCAUGUCAGCCCUGGCUUUGGUGGUAGCUUCUCCCCUCAGAUCGGGCCUCUCUCCCAGCACCAUCCUCAUCACCCCCAUUUCCAGCACCAUCACAGCCAGCAUCAGCAGCAGAGGAGGUCUCCUGCCAGUCCCCACCCCCCACCUUUCACACAUAGAAGUGCUGCUUUUAACCAGCUGCCUCAUUUGGCGAAUAAUCUUAACAAACCUCCUUCUCCAUGGAGCAGCUACCAGAGUCCUUCUCCAACCCCCUCUUCUUCCUGGAGCCCAGGAGGUGGCGGCUACGGUGGCUGGGGAGCAUCUCAAGGCCGGGAUCACCGCAGAGGGCUGAACGGUGGAAUAACACCCCUGAACUCAAUCUCACCUUUGAAGAAAAAUUUCGCAAGCAAUCAUAUUCAGCUCCAGAAGUAUGCUCGCCCUAGCUCAGCCUUUGCUCCAAAAUCCUGGAUGGAAGAUAGCUUGAACAGGGCUGACAACAUUUUUCCUUUUCCGGAACGCCCCAGGACGUUUGACAUGCACUCACUGGAGAGCUCACUCAUUGACAUAAUGAGAGCUGAAAAUGAUUCCAUUAAAGCAAGGACUUAUGGGCGAAGGAGAGGUCAGUCUUCAUUGUUUCCGAUGGAAGAUGGAUUCCUGGAUGAUGGCCGUGGGGAUCAACCUCUUCAUAGUGGUCUGGGGUCACCUCACUGCUUCACUCACCAGAAUGGGGAGAGAGUGGAACGAUACUCUCGCAAAGUGUUUGUGGGUGGAUUGCCUCCUGAUAUUGAUGAAGAUGAGAUCACAGCUAGUUUCCGUCGCUUUGGCCCUUUGAUUGUGGAUUGGCCUCAUAAGGCAGAGAGCAAAUCUUAUUUUCCACCAAAAGGCUAUGCAUUCCUGCUGUUUCAAGAUGAAAGUUCUGUUCAGGCUCUCAUUGAUGCAUGUAUUGAAGAAGAUGGAAAACUUUACCUGUGUGUAUCAAGUCCAACCAUCAAGGAUAAACCAGUGCAGAUCCGGCCCUGGAAUCUCAGUGACAGUGACUUUGUGAUGGAUGGCUCACAGCCACUUGACCCACGGAAAACAAUAUUUGUUGGUGGUGUUCCUCGACCAUUACGAGCUGUGGAGCUUGCAAUGAUAAUGGACCGGCUGUAUGGAGGCGUCUGCUAUGCUGGAAUCGAUACUGACCCAGAGCUCAAAUACCCAAAAGGAGCUGGAAGAGUCGCGUUUUCUAAUCAACAGAGUUACAUAGCUGCUAUCAGUGCCCGCUUUGUUCAGCUGCAGCAUGGAGAGAUAGAUAAACGGGUGGAGGUUAAGCCAUAUGUCUUGGAUGACCAGCUGUGUGAUGAAUGUCAAGGGGCCCGUUGUGGGGGGAAAUUUGCUCCAUUUUUCUGUGCUAAUGUUACCUGUCUGCAGUAUUACUGUGAAUAUUGCUGGGCUGCUAUUCACUCUCGUGCUGGCAGAGAAUUCCACAAGCCCCUGGUGAAGGAAGGUGGUGACCGCCCUCGGCAUAUUUCAUUCCGCUGGAACUGAAGAAUGAAUGACUCCAGAGCUCAUUUGCAGGCCUCAGAAGAAGUGCCCUCUUCUGUUAAUUCCAACUCUUCCUCAGCCUCUUCACACUGGCAUGUCCUGCACAGCAGUGUGUAACUAUCAGUGGUAGAAUGAAAAGAACAACCUACAACAUAGGUAUUUUGUAGACUCUCAUGUCACUGCAAACAGUAUGUUCAACUCCAUUUCACAUUGCCAUUAUGUUGCAUGCAGGUUUUAAUUCUCUUGUUUUGCUGGAGGCCAAGAGGAUCCAAACUUGCUGUAGCAUUUUCUUAGAGGAGAGAAAUAUUAACAGAGAAAUGAGACAAUAUGUUGAGGUUUUAAUUGCUGGUAAUGAUAUAACAUAUAAGAAAACUUUAUUGAGAUAAUCACCAACAGUAACACUAUCGUCUGUUCUGACACGUCUGGUCUCCCCCAGGAAAGUGCUCUUGCCAGUUCUUUUCUUUCAUUCCUUAUCUCUCUCUUUUCUAUCCCUUUUUAUUCUUUAACAGCAAUGGAGGAAGUUAACAGUUAUUAACAGGAAAGAGUAUGUCAGAGCAAGCAAAUGCAUGAGCAAGAUUGAGCAGCAUAACUAUAAGAGCUUUGAGGCUGACGAUAGCUUGAUCAUGCCUCAAAUGCCUUCAUACAUCAGAAAAAAUAAAGUAGGCAGAGCUGAGUUUGUUUUCUUUGAAAUAAUUCUUAAAAUUCCGAAUGUAAGAAUUGGGUGACUUUACUACUGAGGGGAGUGCGCUUAUUUAUUUAACUGACUUCCUAAUCACAGCCCCAGGAAACCUACCAAAGCUAGAAUUAAUGAUGUCUGGUGGGAAAACAGAAGAACAAAUACAUAAAUUUUAUUUUUGUUAUUAUAUAUAAACUCUAUAUCCUAAUUUACUAACAGUCAUCAGGUGUCAGCCUUUGCUCUCCAUUUUGACAUUAAAAACAACAUAUCUAGACAUACCUCAAGGAUAUCAUUUUUGACUUUGUGUUACACUACACUUGUAGCCAAAACUGGAAGAUUAAAAACAACAUACAGAUCGGCUGCCCAUUGGCCUUGUUUUCCAUUUGAAGUUACUUUGGAAUCCUGUAAUUUAGUUGUAACAUAGAAAAUGUGGGGGGGAAAGGUUAAAAAAAAAAGUCAAGUAGUUGCAAAGUGUUUUUGCACUGUUGAACUAAGUAAUUGUGUAAAUCUGUGCAAAAGUCCGUAUGGUUAUCUUACUCUUCCUAUAAGGUACAAUAACAUACACUUUCCGAACUUAGCAUGGGACAUAGUGUUUGAAGUGCCAACUUCAUCAAGUAAUGCAUGCUUUAUUAUAAAUACAACCCUAGCUUUGAAAGAUGUUCUUAUGUUUUGAACAGUCUGCUUCGGGGGGUAAAUUUAAAAUAGUCUCUUGAAGCCCCGGUCAUGGAAGUAACUUUUGGUUUAAUUGCCAUUCUCUUAUUAAAUGCCCUACCGUAGUUCAAAGGAUUACUAUCAGUGUGCAAAGCAUUUAACAGCAGCAGUCUAAGUGCAGUCUUGCUAGCUGUGCUGCCUAACAGUACCAUCUUGGAUCCUUCAGAACCAAAGACUUGCCUGCAGUGCUGUCACCGCCUGGCUGGUGACUCUUCUGCUGUCUGUAGGAAAAGCAGCCCUUUAUUUUUAACACAGGCUUUAAUGAACUACACCUGUUAAGUUCCAAAGGUCAAAAUGGAGGCACUUGCUGUCUAAGAGUCCAACAGAAAGAGGGAGCCACUGUCAAAGAAUCCCCUGCUAACAGAACAGCGAAGCAGCUGUGUGGUGGAGGGUGCUGUCUCUCAUGUAGCUGGUCAGGGACAUCUUUUUCUUUUCUCCUGAACUACAUGAUUCUAAUUGGAAUGUUCAUUUGCCUCUUUUUCUUCCUUUAAUGCUUGUAGGUGGCUUGGGGUGUGCUAUUGUGCUGGUCCUACUCAGUAAACAGGUGUGAUGAGUUCACAAGAACUAACACUGCUUGAGAACUAGCUUUGAGUAAUCCUUUUCCCUUUGUACACGGCCUGCUGAAUUCCGGUACAGUGUCUGUAGCUGACUUAUUUUGUCAUGCACAUGAUGUACAUUUGUUAUGCACUACUUUUGUAUACCUUGUUUUUCCAACAGUGAACAUUUUUAGGCACACUUUUCACUGACGGGAUAUCUCUUUAUGCAAUACCUCAAUUUUUCAUAUUGCAAAGAGUAGCUUUUUGUACUUUUAUUACUGAGAGAUCUUCAUAUACUUCAUUUUUUAAUAUAAAUAAUUUUAAUAAAUUUUAUUUUCUUAUAUUCUGCUUUUUAUACAUUUCAGUGCUCUGCAUACAUUUUAAAUUAUGAAUGUUGUGCACUGGCAAUGCUAUUUUAGAGUCUGCAGAGAAGAGAAAGCAUGUUGCUUAAACAUCCUUCCCCAGCACCAGCUACUGGUGUACCUAUAAUUUAAGAAAUAGUCUAUGUAAAGUCACAAAUUAAUGAAAAAAAUUCGCAUGAAAAUGACAAAAUAACACUGUAGUUCCUAAAAAAAAAAAUUAAAUGCAUAACCAUAGGGUAGAAAUUUAAAAUAACAAAAUUGUCUACAGCUUCUUACUAAGUUUUUUAAAUUAUUCAUAAAAUGCAGACAUUUUGGGUGAAUGUUUAAUCAUUUUUAAUCUUAAUUAAUUGAUGUUACAUGUUUGAUUCAGAGAUGUCUGCUCUUUUAAAUUCUAUAUAAUGAAAUCGCCUGCCACAGGACAGGUUUGUAAUGUUAGUAUGCAUGACUAAUGUAAGAAAUUGUUAUUCUGCUAAUAUUUACUUGUGAUUGUGUGACAAGCGUGUUUACAGAUGAUUUGGUUCCACUUCUUUACAGGGCAUAAACAAUGAUUAUCUAUUACUCUGAACUUUAUGAUUACAUGUCCUUCAGAUUACAUGGGAUUGUAGCUGGGAGUUACCAUGUAACUCAAACAUUAUUAACAUGUAAUUAGUUUACAGGUUUUAGGGUAUCACUUCAAUUUACCAAGCAUGUAGUUCUAGCGCACUAGCAUGGCACCAGCCAUGUAUUUACAAUGUAGUUACAGAGUAAUUACAUGGUUAUUUUUGCAAUGUAAAAUAAAGUGUUUCUGAUUAUUUUCUAUGUAAAGGACCCCCACCCUACCCGUGCCCCCUGGCUUUGGUAUAAUAUAUUUACUUCUCCAUACACAGACCUCUGCAGAAUGCAACAUAAAACGUGCAGUGAAUGAACUUAGCAUUUUAUGAGAGUGCUGUUGGAAAGACUUGAUAAUUCACCCCUUUUUGUUUUGAAGAGUUGAAUCUUCUGUUAAAAGGUGAUUUAAAACUUGAAUGUGAUGAAUUGUGGCAAGCUCACUCCAGUUAUGUGCAAUACUUAUCUCACACUUUGGAAGAUCUUUGCAGUGUAAUUCUUUGUUUUUAAUUGCAGACAUUAAAAAAUGUCAUUUUCUACUGUUAAGAGUAAUCCUCUUUCUUGCUGGUGUUUCUAAAGAAAAGAAUCAGAAAUCAAUCUUUCUACUAAUGUAAAUUUGAGAUUAUUUUUAAAAAUGGAAUAAAAGAGGUUUUGGUCAUUUGCUUUAUUUUAUUAUCUUAUUUUAAAGCUACUGUGAUUGAUAGCAUUGUAAGAAUUGGGACAAUAUUGUAUUCAACUGUUUUAUUUUUUAUAUUUUUAAAAUUUAAAGUAUAAUUAGUUUUUAUAAUUUCAUCAGAUUUUUGUUAUAUUUUUUUGGAAGUGAAACUUUUAGCAAGUGGGUGUCUAGUUUUUACUAAUCCCUAAUUUUUCCAGUGUAUUGCUCAUAUUAUCAGAAGGGAACGUUAUUUAAGUGCGUCAGUUAAUUGUACUACUUGGCUGAAUUUCCAUAUAGUUUUUACUGUGUAUGGGGAGGUUGUAGUAUUUAUUCUAGCAUUUUAAAUAAGGGUAAUUCAUUUUUUAUUAAAGUCAUUUUCACGUUAAGUUCCUAUUUUUGUAUGUUCUACUCUUAAGUUAUAUAACACAGUUUCUUUUUUAAAAGAGUUCAUUUGUUGAAGUGCUAGUGGAAAAUUAAUGUUAUUAAAUAGUUUGCAAAUGACUAUUUAUACCAGUAUGCAUAUAAUUUUUAAAUAUUUGUAAUGUGAGAUGUUGAAUGAAUAAAACUUUUAACUCAGAUUUCUUUUACUAUACUUAUUUCAUUUUAGCAUAAGUAGACUCCCUUUUGGGAAUAUGACAUUUUUAGAACACUAAGAAUGUCAUGUUGGGCCCUGGCCGAACAAACCAGUAUGAAAAAGUCUUUAGUCAUGUGAGUGCUCAUGGCAGGCAUUCCUGGCUUCUGGAAGUUGUAAGAGCUGUCAGCUGUAGUGUCUUUGGCCUGACUGUUAAUUCAUGUGCUGCUGUGUGGUGUCUGGGGGUGGGGUGUAUCAGCCUGCAAUCUGAGUGUUC